AUGAAAGCAAAGAAUAAAAGUCAUAUAACUUCUCUAUGUUCAUCUUGUAAAAACAAACGAAAACUUUAUCAAUCAUCUUAUUUUCGUGCGUGGCUUAAAUAUAAAUCAGAUAAUAUAUUUGCAGCAGGUCCUGUUGUUAUUAUUCCUGUUCUUGCUUUAAUUUCUAUUUGUUUAAUUCUUAUUUUUUCAUCACUGUAUUUAUGGAGUGGAGAAACAAACACAUAUUCCCAAUCAUUAUGGGAAACCUUUAUGCGUACACUCGAUCCUGGUUCUGCAGCAGAAGACACCGGUGGAAUUCAUCGGUUAAUUUCAGCAACAGUUACUAUGUGUGGAAUCUUCAUUAUUUCAACAUUAAUCGGUGCAUUAACAACAGGUAUGGAAGGAAAACUAGCUGAAUUACGUAAAGGACGAACCAAAGUUGUUGAAACAAACCAUACAAUUAUACUUGGUUGGUCAUCUAAAAUCUUUGAUAUAAUUAAUGAAUUAGUUAUAGCUAAUGAAAAUCAACAUAAUCCAUCAAUUGUAAUUUUAGCUCCAAUUGAUCGUAUUGAAAUGCAAGAAAUAAUCUCACAAAAAAUUGAUGGAAAUAAAAACACAAAAAUUAUUUGUCGUAAUGGUGAUCCAAUGUCAAUACAUGAUUUAAAUAUUUUAUCACCAAAUAAUGCUCGAUCAAUAAUUAUACUAGCACCAUUAAAUGAUAAUCCUGAUGUAAGUGUUAUAAAAACCAUAUUAGCUAUAACAAAUAAUCCUCAAAGAACAAAAUUAAAAUUUCAUAUUGUUGCUGAAAUAAAAGAACGAAAUAAUAUUGAAGUAGCACGUAUUGCAGGUGCUGACGAGGUUGUAUUUGUUCAUGCUGAUGAAAUAAUUGCACGUAUAAUAGCACAAAGUGGUCGACAAUCAGGUUUAUCAAUUAUUUUAUCAAUGUUACUUUCAUUUAAAUAUGAUGAAAUUUAUUUUAAAUAUGAACCUUUAUUAGUUGGUAAAACGUUUAAAGAUGCUUUAUUUCUCUAUCGUACUAGUUCCGUUAUUGGUUUAAUGUUUGCUGAUGAAACAAUAAAAAUAUGUCCAUCGAUUAAUACAAUUAUUCAUCAAAAUGACCAAAUAAUUGUUAUUGCUGAAGAUGAUGAUGCAAUUAAUUUAUCAUUAAAUUAUUCAUCAUAUGCAAUGUUAUAUGAGACAGAUAUUUCAUCAAUAGCAAUGUUUAAUAAAAAACAAAUAUAUAUUGAAAAAAAUAUUAUACUUGGAUGGAAUUCUAAAGCAUCAUUAAUUGCAAAACAAUUAGAUAAUUAUGUAUCAGAAGGAAGUGAAUUACAUAUUUUGACAAAUACUGAUAAAGCAAAAAAAAUUAUAACCGAACAAUUAGUUAAUGAAUUAAAAAGACAAAAAUUAUAUUUACAUUCUGGUGAUAUUACAAAUCGACUUGAUUUAGAAAAACUUAAUUUAUAUAAUUAUCAUGAUGUUAUUCUUCUUGCUAAUGAUAUUAAUAAUGAACGAAAUCAACUAGAAACAUCAUCUUCAGAAGCAGCUGAUGCUGAAUGUCUUAUAUGUUUAUUACACUUACGUAAUAUGAUUGAUAAAAAUUUUCGCCAAAAAACAUUUAAUAUUGUUACAGAAAUGUUUGAUAUACGAAAUCGUGAAUUAGCUGAAAUAACACGUGCAGAUGAUUUUAUUGUUAGUCCAAAUAUACUUUCAAAAUAUAUAGCUCAAAUAUCUGAAAAUAAAAAUUUAACAAAAGUAUUUGAUGUUUUAUUAACAGCUGAAGGUGUAGAAAUUUAUUUAAAACCAGUUUCAUCAUUUACUAAAUUAGAUUGUGCUAUACCAUUUCAUCGAAUACUUGAAGCAUCACUUAAACAACAAACACUAGCUAUUGGGUAUAGGCAAAUGAAAUAUGCUCAAGAUUCAAAUAAAUUUUAUGGAAUCGUUUUAAAUCCUGAUAAAGAUGUACCUAUUAUAUUUCAAUAUGAUGAUAAAAUAAUUGUACUCGCAGAAGAAUAA